AUGAAUCGACAGAUCUGGUGGCGACGCUUCAGAUCGUCUUUCGCCCAGAUCCUCUUCCAUCCAGAUUUGAAGCCGGUUUGUGGGAUACCACCGUCAGAAGCAAACCUAUCGCCUCUCGCCGCCCUUCGUCUUCUCCUCCGACUCAAUUAUUCCUCAGUAAAACCUAGCUCAGAGCAAACCCUCAUUUGUAGAUCUGUUUCCAUCACCAGAGAGGAAACAAAGAGCAUGAGUAGGGAAACAUCUACCACAUUCCAAGAACGCAGAAGCAAAGCAGGAUCAGUUGGCUGUACAACCUUUCCGUCGUUUGUUGAUUCAUCGAUUUUGUCUCUUAAGAUGGCAAAGGCGUUAUCUAAGAUGGUCUUAAAUGGGAUUGUAUCGUUCAAAUCUUCUCGUGCAACAGCAAUGGCUUCUGGAUCGUUGUACCAUUAUGGAAUGGGAUUCUCAACAACUGCACCCAAUGAUCCUGAUACACAUGAUGAUUUUAAGCCAACUAAUAAGCUUGAGAAUUCAGGAGUCACUCUGAAAGACAUCAUUGAACAGGAUGUGAAGAACAACCCUGUGAUGGUUUACAUGAAAGGUGAUCCUAAUCGCCCUCUUUGUGGAUUCAGCUCACUAGCAGUCAAAAUCUUGCAAGAAUACAGGGUUCCCAUAAGUUCCAGGAACAUAUUGGAAGAUUCUGAGCUUAAGAGUGCUGUAAAAGCUUUCAGCACUUGGCCGACGUUUCCUCAAAUAUUCAUCAAUGGAGAAUUCAUUGGAGGGUCGGAUAUUAUCCUUGACAUGCAUAAGAAGGGUGAACUGGAGGAAAAGCUAAAGGUAGCAGUUGCAUCAAAGCAGUGACCGGUCUUAAUAUAGGGUCCUUGUGUUCAAGUUGUUAGAUAUUUGUAUCAAAUAAAGUGUAAAGUAUUUUUUGGUUGUUUUUUAUAAAGCUGUUAUUUUAAUGUUUA